AUGUCGACCGUACUUCGCACGCUGCGUAACCUGAAGCGCAUUGGCUUCAAGGAAUAUGGCCAUCAGAUGCAGUACAUCGGUGAUACCAAAGCUGGUACCUUGAUUGGCGUGGACCGCUACGGCAACAAGUACUUCGAGAACAUGGAGGAGGAGCUUCCUCUCCGGACCCGCUGGGUCGACUACAAGGAGCAAGAAUACGACCCUUCGCAGCUUGAGCCCGGCUGGCAUGCCUGGAUCUCGUACCUGGUCGAUGCUCCCCCCACCGCCGACAAGAUCCUGCAGACUGGCAUCCGCAAGUGGGAGUUGCCUGAGCACAGGCCCAACCAGACCCUCAGUCGUGCCGCUUUCAAGACCUAUUCCACUGUCCGCCCCAAGUACUCUGCUUGGACCCCCGUCGCGGCUCCCCGGUAAAUCCACCGCCGUGGAGGUGGAAUCCGGGACUACGAGGUCGGUAUGGCUUCAAUCAGACCAUGUUCCAAGAUGUGUAAAUAAAGAUGUCCUACUUCCGUUUCAAAUUAUUAAACCCGUUCC